AACACAGAGGAGCAUCGCCAGGACUGAGCAGGCUGUGAUUUGUGUCCUGAUAAUGGCCCUUUCCAAUCUGUCCAACUACUUGGAUGAUGUUGAUAACUACAGUGAUUACCCAGAUUACACCUAUGAGGAGACGACCAACAGUGUGUGGACAGACCCAUCCCACGACCCAAAGGACAUUGCAAGGAUCCUCUCUGUCAUCAUCUACAGCGUGUCCUGCGUGUUGGGCAUCCUGGGGAACGGCCUUGUCAUUGCCAUCAUAACUCUGAAGAUGAAGAAGUCGGUCAAUGCCAUCUGGUUCCUCAACCUGGCUGUUGCCGACUUCCUCUUCAACAUCUUCCUGCCCAUAAACAUUGCUUACACCGCCAUGAGGUACAACUGGAUCUUCGGGACAGUCAUGUGCAAGCUGAACUCCUUCCUCCUCAUCCUCAACAUGUACACCAGUGUCCUUCUGCUCACCACCAUCAGCUUCGAUCGCUACGUGUCAGUGGUUUUUCCUGUCUGGUCUCAAAACCAUCGGUCGACCAACUUAGCCUAUUUAGUUUGCUUGAUCAUCUGGACCAUCGGCAUCAUUAUGAGCUGCCCAUCUCUUGUCUUCCGAGACACUGCACAAGCCCGGAACUCCGUGAUCUGUUUCAGCAACUUUUCCCUCUCCAGGAAUAAGUCUUACCAAGCCCUGGCCCUGAUGAGGCACCGAACCGUGAACAUCACCAGGUUCCUCGCCGGGUACAUCCUCCCCAUCACCAUCAUCACGUUCUGCUACAUUGCCAUCGCCUUCAACCUGCGCCGGAACCGCCUCGCCAAGUCCAAAAAGCCCUUCAAGAUCAUCAUCACCAUUAUAGUCACCUUCUUCCUUUGCUGGAGCCCCUACCACCUCCUGAACCUCCUGGAAACAGAGCCCGACGUGGUCCCGCGCUCCGUGUUCGAGAUCAGCAUCCCCAUAACCACAGCGCUCGCUGCCUCCAAUAGCUGCAUGAAUCCCGUCCUCUAUGUCUUCAUGGGCCAGGACUUCAAGAAGUUUAAGGUCACCAUCCUUUCCAGGCUGGUGAAUGCCCUCAGCGAGGAGACAGGACACUCCAGCAUCGUGCACAGGAGCUUCUCCAAGAUGUCCUCAAUGACUGAGAAAGAAACAACAGUCCUCUAAACUCAACCUCUGCUGUUGCCCAUGCUCAUCACUGUGAUGGUGGCCCCCCUUGCAAUGGCCCCUUGUUUGGGACAAGCACGGUCCAGCGCUGUCCUGUAGUGUAUUCUUUGACUGGUCUUGCUGCCCGGGGGCUGGCAGGGGUCGGAACUGCCCCUUUAUGUACAUGGGGCAGAUACAACUGCCCUUCAUCUUCCAUGGCAAUUGCAAAGAUCAUUGCACCAAACUACUAAGAGAACAUUUCAGGGCAUUCCUGCCUAAUCUAUGCAUUGCCUGGCCUGGCAAAGGCAUUCCUGCCACUUCCAGAGACAUUCCUAAUGGGAGAUUGGGCAGAGGAUGUGGCGGCUGGGUGGGAACCCACCAUGGAUGAUAUUUGUUAUGGCAAAAUGUGACACUCUCCCUAUGUCCUAUGUAUGCAUAUAACUACUUACGUUGAAGCCCUAAAGUAUAUUGGUACUAUCACAGUG